AAAAAUAUUUUGAUGUGAAGUAAUCGGAAACUUGGAUAGGUCAAUAAUUCAUAAUAACAUUGAUUUUGAUUCAAUAUAAUGUCUUUUUAGCAAUGACAGUUUGAAAGAAAAAAACAGCUUUGUUAAUUAGACAAUGUUGCAACUUUUUCUAAAUUACAUUUAGCCUUUAAGCUUUUUUAUUUCACUUUUGUUUAUGUUUUUGUUUAUUUUAAAAGUAUUUUUAGAAUGGGCCAUGGGCUUUUAAAACAUUAGGUGUGUGCCGCAAAUGGCCUCCGGGGCGCACUUUUGACACCCCUGCUAUUGAUAUUAAAAAAUUAAAUCAGAGCCUGGCGACACCUGCAUGUUUAUCAUAACUCUCUCGCUCUGUCUGUCUCUGUCCCUCCCUAACGAAUGCUACUGUGUGCACAAAUUGUCUUGUUUUGAACCCCUUCUUAAACUUGAACGUACAUUGAAAAUACACGCAACCCUAACUUAAAAUGCAGGACAUUUGAGGCAUUUAAGAAACUCCACCCGGACAGCCCGGCAAAAGAGGACAUGUCCGGUGCAAAGAGGAGGUAUGGUCAGUCUAUCAUAGCCCCGUCGUUGCUAGCAUGGUGUGUGUUGUUGUUUUUUUGAUUGAUUGAAACUUUUACUAGUAGAUUGCACAGUACAGUACAUAUUCUGUACAAUUGACCACUAAAUGGUAACACCCCAAUAAGUAUUUCAACCUGUGUUAAGUCGGGGUCCACGUUAAUCAAUUCAUGGUGCCUCGUAGGGGUGCAACGGAUCAAAAAAACUCAUGGAUUGCAUCAUUUUUUAAGGAUCAGAAGAAAAAAAAAAAAAAGACAAGACAAGACGAAUAAACAGAAGUUUUGCCGUUUUGUUUUGUAACACUUUUAAAUUAUUAAAUUAAAAUAUAUAAAAUCUAGUUCAAGUGCACAAGGCAUAAUAUAUUCUUUUUAACAAAAUUAAUGAAAAACAGUGCCACAUAAAAAGGGAUUUCUCCUUUCCUCCACUGCUUGUGUCAGUACCUGCACAAGGUGACUCUCGUAGAGGUGGCGUGUCUUCACAUCUCCCACUCUGCUGUGAUGAAAUGAGCGCUUAUGGUCACAUAGUUCCCCUGGACCUCCACCCUUCUGUCGUGAGCGCAACAGAUGUCGUUCGGGAUAGUUCGUCCACAACUUUUUUCUUCUCUUGCUCAUAAAAAUCUGGCAAAAUCUUAGCGUUGAAGUUGGUGCGAGACGGGAUGUCGUAAUGUGGCUGAAGCAGUGGCGUCGCCAGACAGAUUUCACUGGGGCACGUGCCCUAGUGUUGAUAUGCUGUGCCCCAGUAAAAAAUUCACCAAUAAAAGAAAACGCUUCAGAGUUUUAAGUCUACAUAACAUAGACAACAGCGCACAUACUACUUAGUAUGGUAAUUGAUUGCUACUGUAUUCACUCCACGUAAUAAUGAGCACAUGGCUAAUUAAUAUGGUAAUUUAUUCACGUGUGGAUGAGACUUCAGUUGAGAGAGAGAGAGAGAGAGAGAGAGGGGAUGCAAAUCACUGCUGAGGUAGGUAACGUUAGCCAACAACAAUUUGUUAAUUAUAUUAUUUUGAUUUUAAUUUGACUCAAACUGUAACUCCUAGAUGGAUAUCAGAAAGUUAUUCGCCCGCAGCAGGGAAGAAGCAGCGAGGAAUGAGAGAUGUGGCUUUUGACAGACUUGGACAUGGACUAUGAGAGGCCAAACGUUGAAACCAUCAAGUGCGUGGUGGUGGGAGACAACGCUGUGGGGAAGACACGCCUCAUCUGCGCCAGGGCCUGCAACGCCACGCUCACACAGUACCAGCUGCUGGCCACACACGUGCCCACAGUCUGGGCCAUAGACCAGUACAGAGUCUGUCAGGAGGUUUUGGAACGCUCCAGAGACGUGGUUGACGAUGUCAGUGUGUCCCUUCGUCUCUGGGACACCUUUGGAGACCACCACAAGGACAGACGUUUUGCAUACGGCAGGUCUGAUGUGGUGGUGUUGUGUUUCUCCAUUGCCAACCCCAACUCUCUGUACCACGUGAAGACCAUGUGGUACCCUGAGAUCAAACACUUCUGCCCCCGGGCGCCCGUCAUCCUGGUGGGAUGUCAGCUGGACCUACGCUACGCUGACCUGGAGGCAGUGAACAGGGCGCGCAGGCCGCUCGCUCGGCCCAUUAAGUCCAACGAGAUCCUGCCUCCGGAGCGAGGACGGGAGGUGGCCAAAGAGUUGGGAGUGCCGUAUUAUGAAACCAGUGUUGUCGCUCAGUUUGGAGUCAAGGACGUCUUUGACAACGCCAUUCGAGCUGCGCUCAUCUCGCGCCGCCACCUGCAGUUUUGGAAAUCUCACCUGAGAAAUGUGCAGAGGCCUCUUCUUCAGGCCCCCUUUCUUCCGCCAAAACCCCCGCCGCCCAUAAUUACUGUGCCGCCUCCCCCGACUACCACCGAGGAGCAUCCGGUCGGUCUUCUGGAGGACCCCCACUGUGCCGAUGUCAUUCUCGUGCUCCAGGAACGGCAGAAGAUCUUUGCGCACAAAAUCUACUUAUCCACGUCCUCCUCCAAGUUCUACGACCUCUUCAUCAUGGACACACAAAACGAGGAGACAGAGAGACCUCCUCGCGGUCCUCUUUCGGGCCGAGAGCUGCUGAUGCGCGCCGCCAGCUUCGACGUGUGUGAGACCAGCGACGAGGGGGACCGGGCCAACCUGAGGGCCUGCACUAGUGACGGCACCCUGAAAGACUCGCAGGGCGGACGGCGGGGACGCCUCCUGUCUUCCUGGAGUCGGGCGUUUGUCAGCAUCCAGGAGGAGCUGGUGGACGACCCCAUAACGUACAGUCCCAGGCCCAUGACCGUGGUGCACAUGGACCAGUCAAUGCAGCUGGGACCUUUCCGAGCGGUGCUGCGCUACCUGUACACGGGCCAGCUGGACGAGAAGGAGAAGGAGCUCAUGCACAUCGCACACAUCGCAGAGCUGCUGGAGGUGUUCGACCUGCGCAUGAUGGUGGCCAACAUCCUCAACAACGAAGCCUUCAUGAACCAGGAAAUCACCAAAGCCUUCCACGUGCGCCGCACCAACCGAGUCAAGGAGUGCUUGGCCAAAGGAACCUUUUCUGAUGUGGUCUUCAAGUUAGACGAUGGAACCAUCAUGGCCCACAAGCCUCUGCUCAUCUCCAGCUGUGACUGGAUGGCGGCCAUGUUUGGCGGACCCUUUGUGGAGAGUUGCACCAAAGAGGUGCUGUUCCCUAACACCACCCGCAGCUGUAUGAGGGCGGUGCUGGAGUAUCUCUACACAGGGCGCUUCUGUUCUCGUUCAGACCUGGAUGCAAUGGAGCUUAUAGUUCUUGCCAAUCGUCUGUGCCUGCCCCACUUGGUUGCACUGACAGAGCUCUACACAGUGACGGUACUCACAGAGGCAGCUAUGAUGGGGGCUGACAUCGACGGGGAUGUUCUGGUCUAUCUGGACAUGGCCCAGUUCCACGGGGCCCAGCAGCUCACUGGCUGGUGCCUUCACCACAUCUGCACCAACUACAACAGUGUAUGCCGAAAGUUUCCCAGAGACAUGAAGGCCAAGUCAGCAGAGAACCAGGACUACUUUGAGAAACACCGCUGGCCACCAGUGUGGUACCUGAAGGAGGACGACCACUACAAAAGAGCACGGAAAGAGCGUGACAAGGAGGACUAUCUGUAUCAGAGGCGCCAGUGUAAACGCAAGUGGCUCUUCUGGAACCUUCCCUCAUCCCCCAACUCUAACUCCUCUUCUUCCGGCUCGUCUGCUGUCAUCUGAGCAAAGUCUGAGACGGAGCGUCGUGAGUAUGUGGAUGUGAAGAUGUACCGUCCAAACAUGGCCGACUAAUGGCACCACGGAACACUUCCUGUUCAUUGUGGUUAUUCCACCACUUUAGGACUAUAUACGUGUGUGUGUGUGUGUGUGUGUGUGCGUGUGCGUGUGUGCGUGUGUGCGUGUGUGUGUGUGUGUGUGCGUGUGUGCCGUGUGUGCGUGUGUGCGUGCGUGCGUGCGUGCGUGCGUGCGUUCGUGCGUAUAUACAUAUAUGUGUGGUGACUGUCUGUGCACCAGUCUCACCACUUUAAACAAGGUCACGCACAGGCAUCCUCCAUGGAGGGAUACCCCCCUACCAGAAUGAUCGUCAUACUCGCUUCAAGUGACUGCCGAUGAUAUAUACACAUACAUAUAUAUAUAUAUAUAUAUAUAUAUAUAUAUAUAUGUAUGUGUAUAUG